GGCGCUGCGCGGGGGCUGCGCGGGGCAAUGCCGCGCUCCUUCCUGGUGGACUCGCUGGUGCUGCGGGAGGCGGGCGAGAAGAAGGGGGAGGGCAGCCCUCCGCCGCCGCUCUUCCCCUACGCCGUGCACCCCUCGCACCCUCUGCCCGGGCUGCCGGCCGGCGCCUGCCACGCUCGCAAGGCAGGGCUGCUCUGCGUCUGCCCGCUCUGUGUCACCGCCUCCCAGCUGCACCCGCCGCCGCCCGCUAUCCCACUCAUCAAGGCCUCCUUCCCUCCCUUCGGCUCCCAGUACUGCCACUCGCCCCUGGCCCGCCAGCAGCACUCCGUCUCCGCCGUUAGCGUCGGGCACGCACCGGCGCUCUACCAGGGCGCCUACCCGCUGCCCGACCCCCGGCAGUUCCACUGCAUCUCCGUGGACAGCACGUCCAGCCAGCUGCCCAGUAGCAAGAGGAUGCGCACCGCAUUCACCAGCACGCAGCUCCUGGAGCUGGAGAGGGAGUUCGCCUCCAACAUGUACCUCUCCCGGCUGCGGCGAAUCGAGAUCGCCACCUACCUGAACCUCUCCGAGAAGCAGGUGAAGAUCUGGUUCCAGAACCGACGGGUCAAGCACAAGAAAGAAGGCAAAAGUAGCUCCCACCGGGGCGGGGGGGGCGGUCACAGCUGCAAAUGCUCGUCCCUUUCCACCACUAAGUGCUCGGAGGACGACGAGGACUUGCGCAUGUCUCCGUCCUCCUCGGGGAAGGACGACAGAGGUCUCGCAGUCACCCCCUAGCCACCCGCACGCCCACCCCGGCUCCGCAGGAACUGUGGCGAAAGCAGGGGAGGGAGUCCUGCCUGCCCCGGUGCUGACAUGCAGCCGAAGGAUUUUAUACCGUUUUGUAUAAUUUGUGUAAUUUACGAAGGACAUUCUCGCCUUUCUAGACCCCCGCCCAGGGGGACGGGUGUCCCGGCACCCUGUUGUAAAUAAACCCCUCCCUAGGACCCCAGGCGUACCCCCAUAGUGCUCUCUCACUUUUUUCCCCUCAGACACCGCCCCGAGCCCGGAAAGCUCCUCUCAGAACUCCCCGCGCACCGAGGCGGGCGCGGAUGCUGCGCGGCGACGGCCGAUGCGCCCGCCUGGAGGGAUGCUAUCCCGGGCUCCCUCGGGUAACUCGGCGGUGCCCAAAAGCGGGCGGACGGACGGGGAGGGUUGAAGGCUGUUUGAGUUAUUACCUUUUCCUAUUUUUUUCUUUUUUCCUUUCCAAAAUUGUUCUCGGUUUUGUUUUGGUUCCGUCGCUGCCGGGCGCACAGCUGUGGUUGUACCGUUCCGUCCCACUCCCUCCCCGCGGGAGAUAUUUAUUUAUUUAUUUAUGUGCAGAGAAACGAUGAUGGCAAUGAUAAUAAUGAUUAUGAUAACA